AUGUGGAGAGCCAUGAAAGAAGCAAAGCAAUUAGUGGAAGGGAAUGAGAGGAAACAAUAUGCCAAACUAUUUGAUUAUGCACAUGAAUUGUUGAGGAGCAAUCCUGGAUCAACAGUUAAGAUCAACACAGUGCCAAGUCCAGAAGGUCCACCACAAUUUCAGAGGCUAUAUAUUUGUCUUGCUGGCUGUAAGAAGGGGUUUGUUGCUGGAUGUAGACCAUUCAUAGGUCUAGAUGGAUGUUUCCUAAAGAGUGCAUUUGGAGGAAACUUGCUCUCUGCUGUUGGGCUUGAUGGCAAUAACCACAUCUAUGUUAUUGCUUAUGCUGUUGUGGACAUUGAGAACAAAGACAAUUGGAAAUGGUUUUUAACUUUGUUGCAUGAAGAUCUUGGGGAUUACAUACAGAAUGGGUGGAAUUUCAUGUCAGACAUGCAAAAGGGACUUAUUCCAGCUUUACAGGAAGUCAUGCCUGGUGCACCUCAUAGAUUUUGUGUCUUGCAUCUUUGGAAAAAUUUUACAAAGCAAUGGAAAAGCAAGGAACUUAAAGGAAUUGUGUGGCAAUGUGCAAAAUCCACUACUGUUGCUGAGUUUGAAGGCCAUAUGGCCCAUUUGAAGACAAUCAACUGCCAGGCUUGGGAGUAUUUGAAUAAAUGGCCCAAACAAGCAUGGACAAAAGCCCACUUCAGUACAAUACCCAAGGUGGACAAUAUAUGCAACAACACUUGUGAGGUAUUCAAUUCCAGAAUUCUGCAGUAUAGAUGCAAGCCUAUUAUCACAAUGCUUGAAGAAAUUAGAAGUUAUAUCAUGAGAACCAUGGCUGCCCGCAAGGUUAAACUUUCUGGAAAACCUGGACCAUUAUGUCCAGUGCAGUAUAAAAGACUAGAAAAAGAAUUCCAUUUUGCUAAUCAAUGGACUCCCAUUUGGUGUGGUGAUAACAUGGGCCUGAGAUAUGAGGUCCACAUGUGGGGGAAUAAGGUUGAGGUCAAUUUAGGUGAAUGGACAUGCACUUGUGGAGUAUGGCAACUAACAGUCCAAGGACCACAAUAUUGGGCCCAGACACAGUAUACACACCCUGUUCCACCACAUAAAAAGGUCCAAAGAGGAAGGCCAAAGAAAAAUAGAAGGAGAUCUGUAGAUGAGGACAAUGUCACAGGACAUAAGCUAAAGAGGAAAUUGGCUGAGUUUACAUGUGGAAGGUGUGGCCAAACCAAUCAUAACAUUAGAAGCUGUAAAAAUAUUGGAGUUCCUGUUAGGCCAAAGAAAUAUGUUGCACCAUCAACUUCAAAUGAGGAUGACCACCUAUUAUCUCAAGAUGAACAAGCUUUGAAUGAGGCUGAAGAAGCUGCUGCUCAUGUUCAACAAGAUCCGGUGGAGAUUAAUUUAUCUCAGCCUCAUUUGUCACAAGAUAGUGACAUGGAGUUGAUGGUCCCAGCAACUACUGUUCCACCAAUAGCAAGGAAUAAGCUAGCCAUAACAAGAGCCAAACAAAGGAAGGUUGCUGAUAAAGAUGAUGCAGAAAAUUGA